AACCAUUUUUAUCCCGCGAGAGAAUCCAACAUGAAAACGCCUGCCUUGUGUUUCAGACAAGAAUUAAAAAUAGCCAGAACAAUUUCAUAUCUACAUCUUUUCUCAACAAAAGGUGUGCCGUGUCCGUGACGCUCACUUCAAAGUUCAUAUCUGAAGACUACUCUGUGCACGUGAUUUUCCGCGAGGGUUUGGUCGUAAGAUCGAGUCCGUGGAGAGACACAUUAAAGUUUUUUUGACAGACUGAAAUCCAUAAUUCAUCACGUUCCAGCAUAUGAUCUUUAUGGUUGGUAGAAAAUUUCGCCACAUUUUCAACACAUUUAGGUGGCCUUUUUCUGGUGGUCUGGACUAGACGUUGGAGAGUUUCUUUUGAAGUUUAUAUGUAAGAAGUAGAGGGAUGCACGCAUAGCCGUUUUCUUUUACAAAUCCAAGUGAGAUUUUUAACGUGGCUGCGAGAGUGAACGAAUGGAAAAGGUUGUACGAGGGCCGGUGUAGGUUUGUAUGGAAGAUGGACCUGAAGAGCUGGUUGCAGAAGGUGCCCGGAAACUUUAGCUUUAGACAUUUUUUUGAUGCUUCACUGCUAAGUGAGGGGACAAGGAGGAAAAUAUAUUGGAACAAAGCUAUCUCAGUGGCAGUUCUAACACUGCUAGGUUUGUUCCUUUGCAGUGUAGUUAUUAGUGAGAACUAUGCAGAGACAGCAUCAAGAUGGGGAGUCUCCUAUUCUUUACACAGCACCAUUGAGAAGGGCUGCGAGGACCAAACUCAAAGGCAUCACCCUUAUGGCAGUGAGCCACUGCCAAGAGGUAUUGUGCAGGAAACAUCAAACUUGGAAAUGCGACCGUUAUGGGGAGUUUCAAAAGUUCAGUCGAAAAUAAAGAGCCCACAGAACUUGCUUGCCAUUGCGGUUGGAAUAAAGCAAAAGGAAAAUGUAAAUAAGAUUGUUCAGAAGUUUCCUUCAAACAAUUUCACUGUGAUGCUAUUCCAUUAUGAUGGGGUCGUAGAUAAAUGGAGUGACUUGAAAUGGAAUGCUAGAGCUAUUCAUGUGUCUGCAAUCAAUCAGACAAAGUGGUGGUUUGCAAAGCGUUUUCUACAUCCGGACAUAGUUGCUGGGUACAAUUACAUUUUCCUUUGGGAUGAAGAUCUUGGAGUUGAGAAUUUCCAUGCUGGCAGAUAUUUGGCUAUCAUGGAGGAUGAAGGACUUGAAAUUUCCCAGCCGGGAUUGGACAUAUCUAAAUCUGAAAUUCAUCAUCGUAUCACUGUACGCAGUCAUCGUUCAAGGGUUCACAGAAGAAUCUACAAAUUGCGAGGCCAUGGGCGCUGCUAUGAAAAUAGUACUGGGCCUCCAUGUACAGGAUGGGUCGAAAUGAUGGCUCCUGUGUUCUCAAGAGAUGCAUGGCGCUGUGCGUGGUACAUGAUUCAGAAUGAUUUGGUCCAUGCAUGGGGUGUAGAUAUGAAGCUAGGUUACUGUGCACAGGGUGAUCGGACAAGGAAGGUUGGAGUCAUAGAUAGUGAAUAUAUAGUGCAUCAAGGAAUACCAUCCCUGGGAGGAAUGGAUAAAAAGGCAAUAUUGGGGAUCAAUGAUAUUGCGAACCUUCAUUUUAAUAGUACAGUUAAUUCCUCCAGUCUGGCCCCUUCUGAAUCUCCCUUUAGUGAGAGAGCAGAGAUACGCUUACAGUCUUACAAUGAGUUGGAUAUUUUUAAGCGGAGGUGGGCUCAAGCUACCAGUCAAGACAAAUGCUGGAUUGAUCCUUACUUGCAGCCUGGAACAAAGCCUGCGAGUGAUUUGAAAUCACAGACAAAGGGAAAAUUGAGGAAGAAAAAAUGAUUCAGCUGGUUGAUUAAAUUCUUGUAACACAGCUGUAAACUAUGCAUGGCAAAAAGAAAUCAGGCUGACAUGCCAAAGAACGUUCACUCUUGUUUUGCAUUCACAUUAUUUUGGGCUUGUAAAAUUCUAGUUGUUUUACCUACAGAAAGUGAAAGUCAUUUGUAGCAAUAUGUAUAUCAUUCCAAUUCUUUUAAAAUAAUGGUAGAAUAUGUAUUUUAUUCAA